UUGUAUUUCACAAACGCAGAAAAGAUAUUCGUUUAGGUGCAUAAAUGGUUUGACCUUUUUUCAAAACUGCCAUAUGCAUGAUAUGAUGAUUUUAAGAGUGUUGCUUCAUUGUUGUGCAUACGUAUGCAUUCAAGCCCAACGACUAGGAACUUACUCAUUAACUGGUGAGAAUCAUACCGCCCUACAAGGACGAGUAGAAAUAAGACUAAAUGGAACCAGUGGAACUGUAUGUGAUGACAAAUUUGAUAACAGCGCAGCCACAGUAGUUUGCAGAGUUUUGGGACAUACUAACGGAGGUAUAGCAGUGCUUGAUCACAGAUUUGGUCCAGGGACUGGACCUAUAUGGUAUGACGAUCUGGUAUGUCGAGGGGAUGAACAAAACCUAGAUCAAUGCAUGGCAAAACCACUAAAUAAUUCUAACUGUAAUCACAAGGAAGACGUUGGUGUGAUCUGCAACAUCCAAUCACGUGCCAUGCAGAUUUCGAAUUCGUCAAUAACUUAUCAAAUAAUAGAGCAACCAUCAAAUUGCGCAAAUUUUAGAACUAACCUUGAUGUACGCCUUAUUGGGCCCUUGAAUCUUAUUGGAAUAGGCUAUGUAGAGAUUAAACACAAUGGUGUAUGGGGAUCCAUUUGUGACGACCUAUGGAGCCUGAAUGAUGCAAAAGUGAUAUGCCGAAUGCUCUGUUUUGAUUUGUACUGUGUCCAAGCUGGUGGACCUGACGAAAUAAUUGCCGGUAUUAACCAAGUUAGCACGAAUUACCUAUUGGAUGAUGUUGAAUGUACAGGCGAAGAACACCACAUACGUGAUUGUAAAAGAUCAAAUUGGUCCAUUCAUAACUGCAGACCAGAACACAAAGAAUUUGCAAGUGUCACGUGUAUACCUCUGAAAAAUGAGCGACCACCAGUACCAGUUCCCACCAUGAAGUGUACAAAUGGGACCUUCAACGUUCAAUUUAGUCGAUACCAAGAUAGAUUCCUUCUAACUGAACAUUUAUCAGUCAAAAAUAAUAGCAGAUUGUGUACUUUGACAAAAGCUAUUAAUUCUUCUACUGUGUCUAUUAUCAUACCUUUUACUGAGGAAUGUGGAUCUCAUGCAUCGGGAAAUGCAACUCACAUUUUUUAUACCAACCAAGUAGGUUAUAAAUACACAAUGGUACAACUUCAUGUAAUACGCGACAAUACUUAUUGGAUCGAUGUGACCUGUAUAUUUGCUCGUAACCUAGAAGUAUCAAAAGGAUUUACACCAAUCACUGACGCAUUUACAAAGACGGCUCUUGGGAGAUUUUUCAUAUCAAUGUCAUUUUACCGUCAACAGGGUCCGUGCAAUGACACAUGUUUUAUAGAAUUACUGGAUCCGGUCAGAUUAUAUGUCGGCGAAUGGUUAAAUGUUGCUGUAUCACUUACAUCUUUUGUACAAGAUGACCUGAAGCUUAUAGUUCCAAUGUGCAGAGCUACACCAACUAACAAUCGCUACGAUGCCAUUUCUGCAAGUUUAUUUAGCAAUAAGUACGUUUUAAAACAGAUAAUAUCAUCACUGCAAUCAUAUCUAGUAAUAGUAAAUUAUGCAAGUAUGGUCUCUAAAAGUUAUUUAGCGGAAAGCUAG